AUGCUUUCGCUGCGAGCUAAAUUUGUUUUCCGCUUGGUAGCGCUCCUGAUCGCUGUACCUGCUCUUGUCGAGCAGCUCAUUCACUUGGAGGGUGGUUCCCUUGUGUCUGCCGCGCCGCUGUCUUCUGAUUCACCCUCGAAUCUGACCGUGUCUGAUGCUGGUUCACACUCGUUUGAUACUUUCUUAUCGCCUUCGACUGGCUUGGAGCUUCCGCUCGUAGCCCGCGGACCGGACGAAAGUAUUGAAUCGGGAGGUAAUGCCUUUAUGCACUUGCAACAGCACAUCAACAAGGCCCGACGCCGUCUCGCUCACAUUACAGGCACCGAGGUACCUACCGACGAAGAGCUGCACUCGGCGCUGCAAAAGCGCCGCUUAUGGAUCGAAGACAACUGGGUUCCUCUCCAGCGUCGUGAUGCUCAAUUCCAAGAGGAGGCCGAGCAUCACGAAGCAUCGCUUGGUGCUUAUCUGGCUGCAAAGUCGGGCAAAAUGAUCAAUUUCGUCCGCCGCAAAGGUAACCAAAGUUCCAAGCUAGAGGCGCGAAGCAGCAGCGGUUAUUCCAAAGCUGCAUUCAAUGCAGCCAAGGAGCACUCGGUCACCGAUGCGCCGUCCGUCUCUGCAGAUCAUUCUGUGGGUUUGAGCAUCGAGGCGAAUGACGUGGGCUACUUUAUGAAUGUGAAUGUCGGUUCCAACAACAAACAGUUCAAGAUGUUGAUCGACUCGGGGUCCUCUGAUACGUGGAUCACUGGCGACGACUGCUCGAACUGUGGUGGAGGCAACAGGAACAAGUUAGGUAAGUCUACGUCUAGCUCGCUCCAUACGAAGAGCAAACAGUACAAGAUUUCGUACGGUACUGGCACUGUCACAAUCUCGGAAGCGAGCGACUCGAUGUCUAUUGCAGGGAUGAAAUUGAGCCACUUCAACUUUGGCGUUGCAUCCAAGGAGAGUGGCGAUUUUGGGGGUUCCAACGUGCCUUUCGACGGUCUCUUGGGUCUGGGUGGAAAAAGUUUGAGCACAACGGGUGAUGACACUCCAAUCCAAGCGCUUUACAACCAGAAGCAAGUAGAUCAGCCGGUUGUUGGUUACCGUCUUGGUCGUGUUGCGGAUGGCGACAACAAGGGCCAAAUCACGUUCGGUGCGGUGGAUAGCUCGCAAGUGUCUGGCUCGCUGAACGAGUACAGCAACCAAGGUAAUGGGUACUGGAAGAUUGAACUUGGCGGUGUCAAAGUUGGAAACAAAGACAUUGGCGCUUCUGGUUCCGCUACCCUGGACACGGGCACGUCGCUUAUUGUCGCACCGCCGGAUCAGGCCGAUGCUAUUCAUAAUGCGAUCAAAGGCGCGAAAUCUGACGGGCAAGGGGGCUACACAUUACCAUGUACUACAAACGUAAAGCUGUCGUUUACGUUCGGAGGUAAUUCAUACACGAUGAACUCAAAGGAUUUGCUAUUCUCGGUAAACGGCAACAAUAUGAAAGGCACUUGCGUCAGUGCAGUGUCUGCAGGUAACAGUGGUAAAGGAGACUGGCUCCUUGGCGCACCAUUUUUGAAGAAUGUGUACUUUGCGACUAACACCCAAACGAAUAAGGUUGCCCUUGGCAAUCUGAGCUGA